CACAGCUGAGAACAAGACGUCUCCUAGACCAUGGCCAGCCUUUUGAAACACCUAGUCCAGGGUAAUGCUAUGUUCUUCAUCAUCGUGCUGGGGAUGGGAGGAACAUUCCAGAAUGGAUUCCAUGUCACAGUUAUCAGCUCACCCUCACCGUUUGUGAAGCGCUUCAUUAACAGCAGUUGGUCAGAGCGCUAUGGGCCGCCACACCCAGACACAGUCACCUUCCUCUGGUCGGCUGUGGUGGCUUUCUUUGCUGUUGGAGGACUCCUGGGGUCAAUCAGUUUGAGGAUGAUCACUGACAAGUUGGGAAGAAAGAAGGCCAUGAUAUGGAACAAUGUGAUCAGCAUUGUUGCUGCAGCUAUCAUGCUCUCCAGCAAAUAUGCAAACUCAUUUGAAAUGAUCCUCCUUUCACGAUUACUGUUUGGGUUUGCAUCAGGUUUAGGCGGUAAUGUCCAUGCCAUCUAUCUGGGUGAGAGCUCCCCUAAGAAAAUAAGGGGAUUGGUAACGCUCACAUCAGCAACGUUUGUUUCCAUUGGGAAACUGUCGGGACAGUUUGCAGGCCUGCAGGAAAUUUUAGGUCGCGAGGAUUGGUGGAACUUCCUUCUUUGUGCCCCGACGGUUUUUGCCGUAGUCCAGCUGAUCGUCCUCCCCUUCUUUCCCGAGGCGCCACGGUAUUUGCUCAUCGAGAAAGACAAUGCAGAGGAAUGUCGGGCAGCGCUCCAGUGUCUGUGGGGUCCAGGGAGCUACGAGAAGGAGAUGGAGGAGAUGGUGGCGGAGCAGAAGGCCAUCGGGGGCGAGCGCUCCCGGAGCCUGCUGGAGCUGCUGAGGGACAGGAGAGUACGCUGGCAGAUCCUCACUAUGCUGGUGCUCCAUGGAUGCAUCCAGUUCUGUGGUAUCUCAGCUCUCAGUUCCUUCGCCUAUAACAUCUUCCAGGAGGCUGGCAUUCCCGAGGAGAGGAUCCGCUACAUGACGAUGGGCAUAGGGGCAUCCGAGGUGCUCACCUCCAUCACAUGUGGCCUGCUGAUUGACAGUGUUGGGAGGCGGGUGCUGUUGUGGAGGGGCUUUGCUGGCAUGUCGGUGCUCAUGGCCUCCAUCACUGUGGCGCUCUGUCUGCAGGACUACGCCUUUUGGAUUCCUUACUGCACCAUUGCAUUGUUUUUCCUCUUUGUCAUCUUCUAUGGUGGAGGACCAGCUGGAGUGCAGCCUUCACUCAGUCAUGAGAUCUUCAUCCAGUCGUGUCGGCCCGCUGCCUUCGUCUUCAGUGGGAUCCUGCGUUGGUUGGGCUUCGCCAUUAUGGGAUUCGCCUUCCCCUUUCUCAUAGCCCUACUAAAGUCCUACACCUUCCUGAUCUUCUCCGGGGCCUGCAUGUUUGGGGCGCUGUACAUUUACUUGGUGGUGCCGGAGACCAAGGGCAAGACCCCGCUGGAGAUCUCAGAGGAGUUUAAUGCCAUCAAACUCUGGAGGUCUCACAAGAAGGAGCAGAUGAGUUUGGAGACAAAGUUGUAGAGUUUCUUCUACAUGCCUGUGACAUGGGGACUUCUCUUUUAUCUCUCUCUCUCUCUCUCUCUCUCUCUCUCUCUCUCUCUCUCUCUCUCUCUCUGUGUGUGUGUGUGUGUGUGUGUGCGUGCAUGUACACACAAGCGAGCGUGUGUAAAGACUUCAUAUUUGUGCAGACUAGUCUGAUAGCUGCACAUCAACAGCACUUUAGUCUUACCACCUGGACUGAGUAUCACAUCUACCUGUAAGGAAUAUGACUGUUAACUCUAUGAACUGACUGUAUGAAAUGAUUUAUUCUUUUACACAUACAGUAUGUGUGGCAUGAGAACUGAAAACAGUAGAUGAUUUUUUUUCACCGGACGUUUUUAGAAGAUGAGGAAAUACCCAUCUCUUUUGACUGACUAAUAAAACAAGGUCUAUAUCGGAAAGAUUUCAAAUGUCUUAUGCUUUACAUAGGGCCCACUCUUUUUAAGCACAACAUAACGUUCUGAACA